AUGGAUGCUCUACGCUCGGCAAACUCAGCUUUUGCGGUUGACCUUUUCAAACAGCUGUGUGACAAGGAAGCAGCGGGCAAUGUCCUUUUCUCUCCAAUAUGUCUUUCUACCUCCCUGUCCCUGGCUCAAGUAGGAACCAAAGGUGACACAGCGAAUGAAAUUGGAAAGGUCCUUCACUUUGAAAACGUCAAAGAUGCACCUUUUGGGUUUCAAACAGUGACCUCCGACGUAAACAAACUUAGUUCUUUCUACUCUCUGAAGCUAAUCAAGCGACUCUACGUAGAUAAAUCUCUAAACCCGUGUACGGAAUUUGUCAGUGCCACCAAAAGGCCCUAUGCAAAUGAAAUGGAAACUGUUGACUUUAAGGAUAAACUGGAAGAAACUAAAGGCCAGAUCAACAAAUCUAUUAAAGACCUUACAGAUGGCCAUUUUGAGAACAUCUUGACUGAAGAUAGUGUAAACGAUCAAACCAAGAUCCUUGUUGUGAACGCAGCCUAUUUCAUAGGAAAAUGGAUGAAGAAAUUUCCUGAAUCUGAAACAAAAGAAUGUCCGUUUAGAAUCAACAAGACAGACACCAAGCCAGUGCAAAUGAUGAAUAUAGAAGCCACAUUUUGCAUGGGCAACAUCAAAGAUAUAAAUUGCAAGAUCAUAGAACUUCCCUUUCAAAAUAAGCACCUAAGCAUGCUCAUUUUACUACCAAAAGAUGUGGAGGAUGAUUCGACUGGGCUGGAAAAGGUUGAGAAAGAGCUCAGCCCUGAGACUCUGCAGGAGUGGACCAAUCCCAGUACAAUGGCCAGCGCCAAAGUGAAACUUUCAAUUCCCAAAUUUAAGGUGGAAAAAAUUAUCGACCCUAAAACAGAUUUGGAAAGCCUUGGAAUGAAAAAUGUCUUUGACGAAAGUACAAGUGAUUUCUCAGGGCUGUCAGAGACUAAGGGAGUGGCUUUGUCCAAAGUCAUCCACAAAGCCUGUUUAGAAAUAACAGAAGAUGGUGGCGAUUCUAUAGAGGUACCAGGAUCUCGAAUCCUGCAACAUAAAGAUGAAUUCAAUGCUGACCACCCAUUUAUUUAUAUCAUCAGGCACAACAAAACACGCAGUAUCAUUUUCUUCGGAAAAUUCUGUUCUCCUUAA